CUAAAAUGGCGAACCGUACAGUGAAGGAUGCGCACAGUAUCCACGGCACCAAUCCUCAGUAUCUGGUGGAGAAGAUAAUUCGGACGCGAAUCUAUGAGUCCAAGUACUGGAAAGAGGAGUGCUUUGGACUGACGGCUGAACUUGUAGUCGAUAAAGCCAUGGAGUUGAGGUUUGUGGGUGGUGUCUAUGGUGGCAACAUAAAGCCAACUCCCUUUCUGUGUUUGACCUUGAAGAUGCUUCAAAUUCAACCUGAGAAGGAUAUCAUUGUAGAGUUUAUCAAAAAUGAAGAUUUCAAAUAUGUCCGUAUGUUGGGAGCACUUUACAUGAGGCUGACAGGCACUGCAAUUGAUUGCUACAAGUACUUAGAGCCUCUCUACAACGACUAUCGAAAAAUCAAGAGCCAGAACCGAAAUGGGGAGUUUGAACUGAUGCAUGUGGAUGAGUUUAUUGAUGAACUGCUGCACAGUGAGAGAGUCUGUGAUAUCAUUCUACCCCGGCUACAGAAACGUUAUGUGCUAGAGGAAGCUGAGCAGCUGGAGCCUCGGGUCAGCGCUCUAGAAGAGGACAUGGAUGAUGUGGAGUCCAGUGAAGAGGAGGAAGAGGAGGAUGAGAAGUUGGAGAGAGUACCAUCACCUGAUCACCGCCGGAGAAGCUACCGAGACUUGGACAAGCCCCGUCGUUCUCCCACAUUGCGCUAUAGGAGGAGUAGGAGCCGGUCUCCCAGAAGGCGGAGUCGGUCUCCUAAAAGGAGGAGCCCCUCCCCUCGCCGAGAAAGGCAUCGGAGCAAAAGCCCAAGACGUCACCGCAGCAGAUCUCGAGAUAGACGGCACAGAUCCCGCUCCAAGUCCCCAGGUCAUCACCGUAGUCAUAGACACAGGAGCCACUCAAAGUCUCCUGAAAGAUCUAAGAAAAGCCACAAGAAGAGCCGGAGAGGGAAUGAGUAAUGGACUCAGUUUGGUAUUAGUCCAAAUGACCACCUGUGGAUCCGAAGGCAUCUAUGUGGAAGGAUUAAGAUCUACUCCCCAGGCAGCUAUGAGAAUAUUUUAGGUCUUUUUAACCAUAUUUCUCCACUUUUCUUUUUCUUAAAUGAAAGAGGUGCUGAGUUUUGUAUCUCUCUUUGAGUCAUACUUCGCAUUUGAGGGAUAGUGCUUCCCAAGGGCUGCUUUGGACCCCAUUGUGUAACCAACCUUGACUAUACUCAAAUUUAUAAGGGUAGAAAGGAUCUGAGGGGUGGAGAGGAUGAAUGACAAGGACAGGAUGUGGCUGGCUGUUGACCUUUUUGUUAUUAAAUUUUAUACACCCA